CCACCAUCUAAGAUUAUAUCACUGAAGACCAAGCUUGUAAUUGUCGUUGACUGCCGAUACUAUAAACAGUUUCUACUUUCAAGAACUAAUAAUAUUUUUAAGAUGGCUCGUGAAAUCAAAGAUAUCAAACAAUUUCUUGAAUUGUCAAGAAGAAAAGACGUCAAAUUAGCUACUGUCAAAUCUAAUCUCAAAGUCAAUGGUGUUGGUAAAAAAUACAAAGAAACCAAAUUUAAAAUCAGAGCUUCAAAAAAUCUUUACACUUUAGUUUUAAGCGAUGAUGACAAGGCUUCCAAAUUGCAACAAUCUUUACCACCAGAUUUAAAAAUUGUUACUAUUGCUUAAAUUGUAUAAUAAUACGUUGAUCAUUACAUUUCAGCUGACCAUCUUCUGUUGAUUCAAUUCUAUUAUUCUAAUAUAUAACAAUGUAUUCAAUUUCUGUCUUAGUUUUGAUCUUCUCUGAUCUUCUCUUUGUAUGUAGGGUGUCUCUCCCAAAACGGCACAGCACGUGCUGUGCUUGCUUUUCUCAGAGACGAUAACAGAAAAACG